AUGACAUCACCUGAAUUGAAAUUUGGUCCUUGUGAAAAAAUUGCCCUAGCUACAUACUGGACCAUACAAAGACUGAGAGAUCUUCUCAGCGGUCAGCACAUUGUGAUUCGUUCACAUCAUAAUCUCCUGCUUUUGCUGAAAAAACAUAAUUUGGCUUUAAGUGACAUUCGUAAUGAACGUGUGGUGAGAUGGAUGACUACGCUGCUCACUGAACACAUUACAGUGGAACCGUUAAAGGAACCCUCUAUACAUGUGUUGGGUGUUCUUAUUCAAGGUCAGGAUCAUGUAUGUCAUCAUAUGAUUGCUCCUAAAGCACAUUCUGUUUUCAAAGAGGGCAGCCCUGCUGAUGUGGGAAAUAACCCUGUUUGGUACAUUGAUGCUAGUUCAUCAGUCAUCGAUGGUAAGCGCAUGACAGGUUUUGCAGGUGUACUUCUUGAAGGUAGAACGAUUCUUGAUUGGUUUCAGUAUGCUUGUAAAAAUGCAGGAGCACAGUUUGCUGAAUUAGCUGCACUACUAACUUUGAUCCGAGACAAAAUUGGGAAAGGUGGUACACACUUUGUAGUCACUGACUCUAUGUAUGUUUUCAGAGGAGCUUUGAUUCUUCUUACGUUUUGGGUCAACAAUAAAUGGCAGUCCACUGAUGGCAGUAUAGUACAGCACAAAGGCUUAUGGGAACGCAUACAGGAUUUGUCAAAAGAUCAUGUAGGCUUUAUCAAACUCGUCAAGGUAAAAGCACACAGAUCUAAGGGACCUUUGGCAUACGGUAAUAGUCUUGCUGAUAAAUUUGCAAAAGAGGCUGCAUGUCUUCCUGAUAUUCCACUAUGGGAAGAGGAAGAUGUAUUGUAUCAUACACCACUUGCACCAGUGCAGUUGUAUGCCCCUGACGAUGAUGGCACACAAUGGUCUGUACUUCGAGAACAUCAGGAGUACGAUUUGGUACUCGCUCCUCUUUUUGAUGACCUGGCAUAUAAGUUAGGUAAAGAAACACUGAAAAUUCUGCAUGACAUUUUAGUCAAAUACACUGAACAUGGUCCUGCCUGGGUUAUUCCCUCUCAUUUGGUAAAAUGUUUGCUGGCUUGGGUACAUGGUUCCAUUGCAGGGGGACAUCCCAAAUUACAAGAAUGUAUGGAUAGGAUGUCUAAACUGGGAUGGUGGCCUACUAUGAGAAGAGAUAUCCAAGAUCACAUUGACAGAUGUAUUGUUUGUGCACACCAAGAUCCAGCAAGACAACUAACACGUGGAGCACUAAUGCGAUAUGCUCCUACUGGACCUUGGGACAGACUACAGGUUGACUAUGUAGGUACACGGCCAUUGACAGCCUGUAAAAAUCGCUACAUAUUGGUAGUCGUUGACUCUUUUAGUCGAUGGAUUGAAGCUUUUGCUACCCCUAACAAAACAGCUGGCGCAACUGCCAAAAUCCUAGUGCAAAAUGUUUUCUGUCACUUUGGGAUUCCAAAACAAAUGGAUUCAGAUAAUGGCGGUGAAUUUGUCAAUACCAUCCUGAAAGAGAUCACAAGUUGGUUAGAUCUCCCUUGGGAUUUCCAUAUUGCUUAUCACCCUCAAAGUGGAGGCAUGGUUGAAAGGAUGAAUGGCCAGAUAAAAAAGGAACUAAGCAAAAUCUGUAAUGCCAAUGGUAAAAAUUGGGAUAUUUUACUGCCUUUUGUUCUUGCUUGGAUGAGAUCUAGAGUUAACAGGCAUAUUCAGAUGUCUCCUUAUGAAGUACUUUUUGGUCGCAGUAUGCCUUCAUGGGAACGCCUUUUGCUUCAUAUGGAUAUAUCUACCUCUGUAGCAUUAUGCAAUGAAGAAUGGGCCAAAGAACAUUCUCUAUGGCUCACCACUGUACAAGGACAGGCACUGCACACAGAUGUGGUGUCCGCCUUAAAAAGUAAAAGUGAUUUUGAUAAAAAAUCUGACCUCACUGAAUACCAAGUGGGAGAUUCUGUGUGCAUGCUUAAACAAGGACAAAAAAACCCUAGGAAAUUUCCUAAAGAUUGCUGGGAAGGUCCAUAUCUUAUUGUGGACAAAGUGGGACCCUCAGUUUAUCUUAUUCAAAAAUCAGAUGGUUUAAAUGUCUACAAGCAUGCAAUGCAGCUUAAAUUGUUUAAGGGCUCUAUAUUUACUUUGUUAUUCUAUAUUUACUUUGUUUUUCAGAAAGUGUACAAAGAGAUUGAGACUCUAGAACGGCUGUUCCAGACUCUACUUUUCACUAUGAAUGAUCGGCGCCUUUACAUCUAA